AUGUUUGUUUCUUUCGAUUUGGCCCUCACGAAGUACAUCAGAAGGAGUUUUUUGACGCUAAGUGGCGUUUUGCUCGCAAAGAGGACAUGGCAAACCAACAUGAAAAGGAAAACAUACAGGUCCAAAAAAAGGAAGAAGUACAUAAGGCUGGGAGAAACACUAAUUAGGAUUCAGUGA